CUUCACACAUGCAAAGUUCCGAGUUCAAACCCAGCACCUCUGAUCUGGGGCUGGAGAGAUGGCUCGGUGGUUAGGAGCACUGGCUGCUCUCGCAGAGACUGACAACACCCACAUUGCCACUCACAACCGUACGUAACUGUAGUUCCAGGAUAUCCAACACCCUCUUGUGGCCUCUGAGGACACUGCAUCCACGUGAUGUGCAGACAUACAUGCAGGCAAAGCCCUCCCACACAUAACUUAUAAGUAAAUAUAGUGAGCAUAGCUAGAGGAGUAGGGAAUUGAGGUGGGUGUGUUGUUCUGUGUUGCUCAAGGGGGAUCAAGAAAGGAGACUCACGGACAGGAGAAACCCUGUCUUGAAAAACAAAAAACAAAAAAAAAAAAAGAAAGGAGACUCACUCCAGGGUACAGUCUAGGCUCUCUGGCAGCAAGGAAGCCCAGCCUCUGAUAGACUGAACCACCAACUGCCCUUCAGAGCAUAUUAUUGGUUGCCACACAAAGGUCAUUUUUUGUGUGUGUGUCAAACAAGUUUCUCCUACCAACGUCCCUUUGAUCUGUCUGUUCUCUGAGGAAAAUCACCACACCCUUGUUGUGUGCUGCUUGCUCCACUGUGCACUGUUUGCAGUACCCAAUAAUUCAAGGUGCUCCAGUGGUGCCAGGUCAGUCUUGUGACCACAGUCAUGCAACGGAUGGGAAACGCCCUCGGAAAACCAACCUGAGAUGGUGACCUUCAGAGAUGUGGCAGUAGACUUCUCCCGGGAGGAAUGGGAUUGUCUGAAUUCUUCUCAAAGGCUUUUGUAUAGGCACGUGAUGUUGGAGAACUACAGGAUCCUGGUGUCUCUGGGACUUUGCUUUUCCAAGCCAAGUGUGAUAUUCUUGUUGGAACAAGGAAAAGAGCCGUGGAUGGUGAAGACAGAACUGACAGACAGUUUGUCCACAGAUUGGGAGUCUAUGUAUGUGACUGAAGGAUUAAUCCCAAAGCAGGAACUUUAUGAAGAACAGUCAUCCAGAAAGAUAAUUGAGGAACUUAGAAGUAUCGGCCUUGAUUGUCCCAGUCUGAUGGGAGAAUGGGACCAUGAGCAUCAUUUUGAGAGACAAUCUGAGAAUCUAAAAGCGUAUUUCAAGGAAGAGACCGUUGCUCUUGAAGCUCUGAUUGAUAACAGAUCCUGGGGAGGUUUCUAUCAGAACACAUUGCUUCAUACACGACAGACAGCCUCCAAAGAGGAGAGUGCAUUUAAAAAAGGCACACACAAGAGAGGCUUGAAGACUGUCAAGCCCAAGAGCAUCUACACAGAGAAGAAGCUUCUGAAAUGCAGCGAUUGUGAGAAAGUCUUCAGCCAGAGCUCCUCCCUCACUCUCCAUCAAAGAACUCACACUGGAGAGAAGCCCUACGCAUGCACGGAGUGUGGGAAAGCCUUCAGCCAGAGGUCAAACCUCGUUCAGCAUCACAGGAUUCAUACUGGAGAGAAGCCCUACGAAUGUAAGGAAUGCCAGAAAGCGUUCAGCCAGAACGCGCAUCUAGUUCAACACCUGCGAGUUCAUACUGGAGAAAAGCCGUAUGAGUGUGAGGUGUGCAGGAGGGCCUUCAGCCAGUUUGCCUACCUUGUUCAGCAUCAGAGGGUUCAUACUGGAGAGAAACCCUAUGAAUGUAUUGAGUGUGGAAAAACCUUUAGCAAUAGGUCAUCUGUUGCUCAACACCAGAGAGAUCACACCGGAGAGAAACCUUUUGAGUGCAGGGUCUGUAGGAAAGCCUUCAGCCUUCGCGCAUACCUUACUGUGCACCAGAGAACACACACGGGGGAGAGACCCUACAAAUGCCAGGAAUGUGGGAAAGCCUUCAGCCAAAAUUCCCACCUUGCUCAGCAUCAGAGAAUCCAUACAGGUGACAAACCUUAUAAAUGCCAGGAAUGUAGGAAGGCCUUCAGCCAGAUCACCUAUCUUGCUCAACAUCAGAGAGUUCACACAGGGGAGAAACCUUAUGAAUGUAUUAAGUGUGGGAAGUCUUUUAGCAAUGACUCGUCCCUUACUCAGCACCAGAGAGUGCAUACUGGAGAGAAGCCUUAUGAAUGUAAUGUUUGUGGGAAGGCCUUCAGUUACUGUGGAUCCCUUACCCAGCAUCAGAGAAUCCACACAGGAGAGAGACCCUAUGAGUGUAAGGAGUGUAAGAAAACCUUCAGGCAGCACGCACAUCUUGCUCAUCACCAGAGAGUUCACACCAGGGAGUUACUCUUACCCCCCAAUCCAGGCAAUCACCAAAUCCUGUAAAUCCCAGCUCCUAAAUAUUUCUGAAAUCUGUGUUCUUUUUUGUCUUUAGUGCUGAUCACUGCUAUAUUGUUCUAAUGGGGUUUCCAGUAUCUAUUAUUACUAUCUCCAAGUGAUUUUCCAAUAAUGUACCCAAAAUGAUUUUAUUUUGAAGUGGAAUCUUGUGUUAAAAAAAAAAAAAAAGCUGGACUUAGACUCACUAUGUAGCCAAGGUUGGCCUCAAUUCAUUACCUUCCUGCCUCUGCCCCUCAAGUGCAAGUGCCGAAAUUACAGAAGUGUGGUACCAUACCCAGCAAUUUUUUUUAAGGUAUAAAGAUUAACAUAUCACCAUCUCCACCUAAACCUGUCCUUUCCUGCUAUUGUUUUUAGACUAAUCAACACCCUUAAAAUUGUAUAUAAGAAUCUUUUGUAUGAUCCAAACAUAUCAUUCAGCUUUAUUUUCUCCCUGCCUGCUUUAGGCACUAGACUCUUCUUAACACUGUGAGCUUAGUUCUGGGAAACCAUAGCUCUGCCAUUACUAUGGCAUUGUGUGACUUUGAAAAACUCAUUUAAUUUGUCUAAACCUCAUGGUUUUAAUCUUAAAAUAGGGAUAUUAAAGGCUACUGUAUUGUGGAAAUGUAUUACAUGAAAGUAUCUGUUGAAAAUUAAUACAUACUGAGAUGAGGAAUUUGCAUGCAGAGCACUUAACAUAGGACAUCAUCUCUAGCAGAGCCUCAGUAAAUAGGUGCAUGCCAGGCACUGGGCACUGUUCAAUGCAGUUAACAUACUUUAAUUCAUUUACUUCUCACAGCUGGGAUAAGAUUCGCUGAACCUCUUUGGGAAGCACCCGAUCAGAAUUGAAAACAACUUAAAUAUUUUAGAACAUAAAUGGGAGUUUUCAUCCUCUUGGCGAAUAAUCAUUAUAGACACAGGUAGUAAACAAAAAUUGAUUAUUAGUGUUUUAUCAAGUUUCUAAAGAGAAUGGAGUAAAUCAGACUGGGCUUUCCAGUGUAUUAUGAAUCAUUUUGUGUUUUUUUUUUAAUGUGUGGCAUGUUGGACCUUCAUGAAUCAGUUCCUUAUGAAAUUCCAAUAAAAUACUUCACUGAAGCUAAAAUUUUCAUAAUGAACACACAAAAUAAAAACCAAAAGCAAUCA